AUUAUAAUGCACAUUCCAAUUGAUAAGCUGUCCACUCAACGGAAAAGCCCCGAGGAAAUGUCUGAGCGAAACGCUUUUCAACAAUUGGCAACGGCCAGCUCAAUCAAAUAAAUGCGCCAUUGACAAGAAGAUUUCUAAAAGACCAACGAAAAAUACGAGCUGCAAAGCAACUAAAAGGCAUAAAGGACAGUAAAGAAUAGAGAAGGCACAAAACUUGCCUCUUCAGCCAAUUAAUUUUUUUUUUUGUAAACUGUGACGCUGUGCGCGAAAAGCCGUCAAAAUUACGACGUAUCACCCACCCACGCCCAAAGUCAAACAGAACCCGGCCAAUAUGGACAGCACGUCCGGGCCGGGUGCGUUUGACGAUGAGCCGCCGCCAGAACCCCGGGAUGGUUGGCUACUGGUGCGCAUCCAUGUACCGGAGCUGAAUGUCUACAAGUGUCUGCAGUUUCCAUCGGAGCGUCUCGUCUGGGAUGUCAAGCAGCAGGUGCUCGCCUCACUGCCAAAGGAGCUUAAGGAGAGCUUCAACUAUGGCCUCUUUGCGCCGCCCUCGAAUGGCAAGGCGGGCAAAUUUUUGGACGAGGAACGACGCCUGGGCGACUAUCCAUUCAAUGGACCAGUUGGCUAUCUAGAGCUCAAGUACAAGCGUCGCGUGUAUAAGAUGCUGACCCUGGACGAGCGCCAGCUGAAGGCGCUGCACACACGCGCCAAUUUGCGUCGCUUCCUGGAGUGCAUCAAUGGCGGGCAUGUCGAGAAGAUAGCCAAGAUGUGUGCCAAGGGCCUAGAUCCCAAUUUUCAUUGCUCAGAAAGCGGCGAGACGCCGCUCUCCGUGGCCACCGGCGCCAAGAAGCCCAACAAGCUGCUCAUUGCCCUGGUCAAUGGCGGUGCUCUGCUGGACUACCGCACCAAGGAUGGCACCACGGCGCUCCAUAGAGCCGUCGAACAUGACUCGCUCGAGGCAGUUAGCACACUGCUGGAGCUGGGCGCCUCGCCCAACUAUCGUGACGGACGUGGAAUAACGCCCCUGUACAUUUCUAUAACACGCAAAUGCGAGGCGAAGAUCACGGAGAGCCUCUUGCACGAUCACGCCACUCUGGGCAUACAGGACAGCCAGGGCUGGAACGAGGUGCAUCAGGCCUGUAGGCAUGGCCUGGUGCAGCACUUGGAGCACUUGUUGUUCUACGGUGCUGACAUGGAUGGACGCAAUGCGUCCGGUAACAGCCCGUUGCAUGUUUGCGCUGUUAACAACCAAGAGGCUUGUGCUAGAAUGCUUCUCUUUCGCGGCGCACAACGCGGUGCCCAGAACUUUGCCAACCAAACUCCCUAUCAGGUUGCUGUCAUCGCUGGCAACUUGGAACUUGCCGAGAUAAUUGAGAACUACAAAUCGGAGGAUAUUGUACCCUUCCGGGGACCACCGCGCUACAAUCCGAAGCGCCGCUCGGGCAUCGGCUGGCUGAGCGCCAACGGGGCCGCUGGCGCUGGGCUGCUUGCUGCGGCUGCCGGUGGGCUGGGUGGUGCAGGGGGCGCUGGUGCCGGGCCAGGUGGCGGCAUGUGUGUGAAUGGCAACGGAGGCGGCAGCCUGAUGGGCACGCUCUCGCGCCAGCAACUGCAGCAGCUGCAGCCGCACCAGACCCAGAACCAGCCCCAUAACCAUAACCAGCACGUGCAGCAUUUGCACCACCAGCACCAGCACCAGCAGCCGCAUCUGCAGCUGCACGGCCCGCCCUCGCCCUGUCCAUCGGAGCACAUGCUGGGCGCCUACAGCUCGGCCAGUUCGAGCCUAUCCGAGGGCUCGUCGGGACAUCGCUCUCACGAGGACGACAUCAGCAUUGUGACAGAUAAAUCGCUGGGCGACACCAGCGACAUCAUCAGCGACUCGUCGGGCGUGGGCACCAAUUCGGAUUCGGCGGCCUGCUCGAUCGGGCAUCCCAGCACCACGGUGGUGUGCAUGGAGCCCUAUGCGGGCAAUACAGUGGGUCACAUACGGCUGCAGCCGGGCGAUGUGAUCGAGGUGGUGGGCAGCACCGACUGCGGCCUGCUCGAAGGCUAUGUGCGCGGCACCAAUCAGUCGGGCUUCUUUCCCGCCGACUGCGUGCAGGAGGUGAAUCUGCGCCAGAAGCACAUCACCAAUGUGAUGACCGCCAGCACGGGCAUGGCUGCUCCACAACAGCAGCAGCCGCUGCAGCCACAGCCCGCAUCCUACCAGGGCUCGCCCCAACUGAGCCUGGGCGGGCACUCGGGCAGCUCUAGCACGUUGCUCCAUCAGCCCCAUCAGUCGCCCUCGCUCUCGAUGACCAGCAACGGCUCCUGCCAGCAGCAGCAGCAGCAACAUCUGCCGGAGGGCAAUGGUGGCCACAUAGGCAACAAUUCCAUUGGACAAUAUAGCAGCGCCACAGCGCCUCGCAUCAAGAAGGGGGCCUACAAUGCGCCCCGCUCGGUGGUGCUGCAUCGGGCCAAGCGGGGCUUUGGCUUCAUUUUGCGCGGCGCCAAGGCCAGCUCCCAGCUGAUGCAGCUGCGUCCCUCCGAGCGCUUCCCGGCACUGCAGUACUUGGAUGACGUGGAUCCCGGCGGCGUCGCCGACAUGGCCGGACUGCGUCCGGGCGACUUUUUGCUCACCAUCAACGGCGAAGAUGUCAGCGCCGCCUCGCACGAGCAGGUUGUCGAGAUGAUACGCUCGGCGGGUGCCCUGGUCAACAUGACCGUGGUCUCGCCACAGUUUCCGCUCCAGAUGCAGGCUAGCGCUCAGUACUUGCCGAGUGGCGCACGCGCCGGCAGCCAGCAUCUGAACAGUGGACCCAGCACGCCGCAGAGCGCGCACCGCCAAUGCGCCACGCUGCCGCGCAAGAUGUCCAUGGGCCCGGGCAGCCAUGCCAGCGGCAGCUCCGCCUCGGGCGGCGGUGGCAGCGUGCGCAUGGCGCCCAUGCCGCCACGACGUGAUCCCAAGACGACGCUUAGUGUGGGGCGGGCCAGGGCCAAGUCUAUGGUCGCCGGCCUGGAGAAUGGCGGCGAGAAGGAGCAGGACGAGGUGCCGCAUACCAAAUCCAAUUCGGUCGAGUCCAUUGCCACGCCCACGCCCACACAUCCGGGCACACCGGUGCAGCUGCGCACGGCCAGCAUCAAGGCGCGGCCCACAUCCAGCCGCAUCACCGCCGCCGAGCUGGAGGAGCUCUUUCAGCGGCAGCAGGGCGAGGGCAGCGCCUCGAGCGCUAGCCGUUAUGCGACCAUGAUGACCAGCUCGCGUUUCCAGUCGGGCACGGACAGUGGUGCCGCCACGCCCCCAGCUGCCAAUGGCUCGCCCAUGCGCACCGGGCCGCUGGUCUAUGGCAGCGUCGCCGAGAUGAAGCGCAAGACAGCCAGGAGCAAGCACGGCAGCGGCACGCUGCGUGGCAAGCCGGUGGCCACGCCCACGGUAGGUGGGGCGAUUGUUGGCAGCGGUCGCGAUCAGAAGCGUUUCCACUCGACACCCGAUCUGCACGGACCGCAGCUGCACGGCUCCGCCUCGUCCAUCUGGCAGGCGGCGGGCAAGGGUCACCACUCGCAGGACGACGUGGCCACAUUGCACGCCUCGCUGCAGCGUCUCAACACGGCGGGCAACAAGGAGGAGAGCAAAGCUGCUGCUGCCGCUGGUGGAGCAGUGCUGCCGCCGCCCAAUCACCCACCGCCGCCGCCGCCCGUCGGCCAGGUGGUCAAGGUGGAGACACGCAGCAGCGUAUCGGAGUACGAGAGCACAAUAUCCUUGCAGCAGAAGCUGAAGAAGCGCGCCGAGAAUGACGCAGUCACCUCGGCGGCCAUCGAUGGCGUCCAGAGCAGCUUCAAUCCAUCGGCCAAUGCCAAGAUCUAUGCCUCGCCCCAGGAGCUGCGCAACGUGAUGGCCUGGAAGCUGCGGCAGGCGCAGGAAAAGCCGCAGCAGGAAGCCGCCUCACAGCAACAACAGCAGCAGCCGCAGCAGCAACAUGUCAGUCAAUAUGCGGCGCCCACUCAGCUGCGUGCUCAAGCGCCUGCUCCGGCCGGCUCCCACUAUGCGGCGCCACAGCUACAGCAGCAGCAACCAACAACAGCCGCAGCAACAGCAGCAGCACCUCAAUCGCCGCCAGCUCCGACACCGCCGGCGCCACAACCACCGCCAGCAGCAGCAGCAGCUGCACAAGAGCAGCAGCAGGCGAAUGGCAAUGCAACGGCAACUGUUGCAGCUGCCACAACUGGCGCGGCACCGCCCAUUCCCGAGCCAGAUUACAGCUGCAGCGAGUCAGAUGGCGAGGAUGAGAACUCGAUUCUGGUGGCGCGCAACACGAAGCUCAAUGAGAAAAUUGCGCUCUUCGAUGUGCCGGAAACAAGCGGCAACAGUCAGGCCAGCGGCAGCAGCUCUGCCUCUGGCUCAGGUGCCUCCAUUUCGCACUCGCUGUCCGUGGAGGAAAUUCAGCGCAUACGCAGCAAUCUUAAGACCUCCAAGUCUUCGCCCAACGGCUUCCUUAAGAAGGAAGACGAACAACCGCAGCAACAGCAGCAGCAGCACCCGCAGCAGUUACUGCCACAGCCUGCUGCUGGCGAGGACGAGUGCGACAACAGCAGUUCCGGCGUGAGCAGCGAUCAGGAGCUGCUGGCCACGUGCGCCGGCAAGCCCACGGAUACCAUCAAGAAGAAGCCAAGCGUGACCAUUGUCGAGGAGCCUAAGACCAUACCCGAUCCGCCGGCUAAGCCCCUGGCCAAGACAACCAUCAGUGUUGGUGCAGCAACGGCAACAGCAACUGCAACAACAACGCUGACAGUUAAGCAACUGGUGCAGCAGCAACAUGCACCAGUUAUACAGCAGCAGCAGCAACAGCUGAGCAGCAAGGCAGCAACAACAGUUGCUAACAAGCUGCCAGCAACAGCAGCAACAGCUCAAGUCAAAUCGAAUCAGCCGGUGCUCAGCCCUCAGGUGCUGGGCCGCAUACCCAAUGUGCAUCACCAGCAACAGCUGCAGCAACAGCAGCAGCUGCAUCAUCAGUCGAAUCCCAAUCUGAAGCUGAUUGCCACACAGCAGCAGAUACUGCAGCAGCAACAGCAGCAACUGGCGCAUCAGCAACACUUGCAGCAGAUACUCAAAGCCAAAGCAGCGGCCGCUGGUGGUGCCAGCACUGCCGCCCUGGUGGCCAAGCAGCAGCAGCAGCUGCACAAGGGCCACGACUCGGAGCUGGAGCAGCGCUCCGAUCUGGAUGAUGACGACGGCGAGCUAAGUCCGUCGCCGCCGGCCAAGGCCUUUCAGCGUCACAAUUCGCUCACGCGUAAACAGGCAGCGGCCAUUGCCAUGCAGCGUGGCGCCACGCGCACCACCGCCGUCUCGCUGGUGCAGUUGCCGCCGCCCCUCGAGGCGGAAAGCGACGGUGAGCCAACACAGCAGCAACAUCUACAGCACCACCAGCAGCAGCAGCAGCAGAUGGCCACGCAUAUUGUGGGCAUGCUGCCCAGCGGUCAACUGGUGGCUGUGCCUUCUGCUGCCGUUGCUGCUGCUGCUGCUGUGCCGCAGCCGGGCAACAACAAUCUACAGCUGUGCACCGAGAAUCUGGUACUGGCGCCGCCGCCGCAAUUCUGUGAUUGCAACGAUGCCAAACACGCGCCGCAGUACCAUCCACAGCAACAGCAGCAGCAACAUCUACAGCAGCAACAGCAGCAGCUACUGCAGCAGCAGCAGCGUCACCAGCAGCAACUGCAAUUGCUGCAACAGCAACAUCAGCAGCAGCAGCAGCAGCAACAGCAGCAGCAGCAGCAACAACAGCAGCAUCAGCGGCUGUCUGGUGGCGCUGGCGCUGGCGCAGUGGGCACCUUGGGCCGUGUGCGCAUUGUCGGCGCCAUGCCCAAGGCCAAUCAUCACAGACUGCACUAAACCAAUCGAUAUAUAGUAUAUAAUCGAUAAUUCAACAAUUUGCCAAAAACGUUAAAACGUUAAUUAGAAUUACAUCAAACAGUCAUUGCCAUUCACAACGAAUAGCUGCACUCGAAAUUAAUACACACACACACACACACACAUAUGCGCACCUUGGCAGCAUGUUGCCAGCAACAUGUUUUCGAAUCAAUUUUAACUGCAACAUGUAUGCAAAUGCUAUCGAUGUAUAUUAGUAAAAUUAACAUUUAAUUGAAAAGCAUAAAAAUAUAACAUUCAAGUUCAAAGCAUGUAAAAACAUAUACUAAAAAAAUCACGUUAAAAAAAGGUAAUUAGUUAAUAACGCAAUAUGGCACGAGCACGAUUUUUAAUUUGUUUAAUUUCGAAAAAAAAAAACAAAAGAAAGAAAUGUUCUUUUAUAUUAUUAUAUUUAUUGCGUGUGAUAUAAAUUUAUGUACGCGGCGUAAACGCAGCAAAGUAGAAAAAAGAAAAAAGAAGAAGCAAAAAUAA